AUGGCGAACGGGACAGGUUCCGACGAGUUCGUGGUGCGGUCUCGCGUCCGGCAAGGGCUGAAGCGCGAAUUGACCUUUGCAUUGUCUCAGGUGGAUGUCUGUUGUUCGUUGGGCCGGACCCGGGCCAGGAAGCCCCAGAUUGAGGCUCCGGAGAAUGUGAACCGUAAGAGAUUGAAGAAGGCGACGAAAACCGAGGAGGAGAAGGCGGCGAGCGGCGGCGAGAAUGUGAAAGGUGUUGAGGAUUUGGUGGAGGCUGUAAGCGAAGAAGACGAUGCGAAAAGCGAUGUGGUGGAUCUUAUGAGCGAUGAUGAGCCGAGAAGCCAUGUGGCUGAGUCUGCGGUGAAGGAGAAGGUCACCGGAGAGGAGUUGAAGAACGGUGUUGUAGAGAUGGAUGUGGAUAAUGAGCAGAUUGUUGGUUCUAUCGGUAAUGGUGAUGAGGCUAAGCAGGAGCAGUUGAAGAAGAAUGAGCCGGAAAAGCCAGAUUUGGUGGAAGGAGAGGUGAUUGUGGUGGAGAAGCCGAUUAUGAGGUACAGUCGGUUGGCAUCGAGGCGAAAGAGCCAAGUGGCUGAGUCUAAGCUGGCAGAGAAGGUCAACGGAGACGAGAUGAAGACUGGUGCGGUGGACAUGGCUGUUGGGAAUGAAACCAAUGCCGGUUGUGGGGGUGAGUCGGUGAAGGGGGAUGAGUCUAAGCAGGAGGAAUUGAAGAAGAGUGAGUCUGAGCAGCCUUUGGUGAAACUAGACAUUCUUAAUUUGAGUGAGAAGGGUGAUAAGGCGGAAUGCGAGGUGAGUGAAAAGCCGAUUAGGCAGUAUGCUCGGUCGGCAUUGAAGCUUAAGAGCCACCAAGUGGCUGAAGAUGAAUUGAAGAAUGGUGCAGCGGAUAUGGCUAUUGAUGACGAACCCAAUGCCGGUGGUGCUGGUGAUUCUGUGACUGAAGAUGAGCCUAAGCAGGAGGAAUUGAAAAAGAGUGAACCUGAACAGCCUUUGGUGAGAUUAGAAAUACUCGAUUUGAUUGAAAAGGGUGAUAAGAUGGACUGUGAGGUGAGUGUAAAGCCGCAGAGGAGGUUUACUCGGUCUGCAUUGAAUGCAGAGAAUGAAGCCCUAGACUUAGAUACAGUCUCACAGAAAAGCUCGUCAGUUGAGGUUGAGAUGAAAAUGUCGAAGACUGUGAAGAAGUUUAAGUUGUCGGAGCUCCUUGAAACUGGUAUUCUCGAGGGGCAGCCAGUGACUUACCGUAAAGUAUCAAAGGGGAGUUUUACUGCGGAGAAAGGGCAUACAGGAGUGAUUACUGGUUCUCAUAUAUUGUGUCACUGUGAGCGAUGCAAUGGAACUGAUGUUGUUUCACCAGCUAUUUUUGAGUUGCAUGCUGAAAGCACAAAUAAACGGCCUCCUGAGUACAUAUAUCUUGAGAAUGGUAACACCCUUCGGGAUGUCCUUACAGCAUGCGAUUCUUCAUUGGAAACCUUGGAAGAAGCUGUCCGGCUUGCUGUUGGUUGCUCAUCAAUAAAGACUUGUACCAUCUGCCUCAAUUGCAAAGGAUCUAUGUGCCAAGAUGAGACUACACCAGCAAUGCUUCUUUGUGGCUCCUGCUUGGAGUUAAAAGAGACCCAAGCUAAAUUUUCUGUAGCUGAGAAGCCUUCUGAGGCUGCAAAUGAUUCCUCUGAAUUACCAAAGCUGGUUUCAGUUGCAACCUCUCCUGAUCCUGUGACAAAGUGUCCCGACACCAUCCCAGAGUGUCCGGACACCAUUCCACAGUGUCCUGACAUCAUUUCUAGGUGUCAUGAAACUGUUUCUAAGCUUCCCGGUACCAUCUCAGAAUGCCCUGAUUCCUCUUCUAAGUGUCCUGAUACUGUGCUAAAGAGCAGUUCGUCAGCAAGUAAGAGUCGAGGAAGAGUAACCAAAAAGGAUAUCGGAAUGCAUAAGUUGGUUUUUGAGGUCUUGGAAGAUGGAACCGAACUAUCUUAUAUUCAUAAUGGACAGAAACUGGCUUUCGGCUAUAAAAAGGGGUCUGGCAUCGUGUGUAAAUGCCAUGAUCAAGAGGUCAGCCCCUCGCAGUUUGAAGCCCAUGCUGGCUGUUCAUCCCGUCGUAAACCCUACCAUAACAUUUUCAUAUCUAAUGGGAUAUCUCUUCACGAGUUGGCAUUAGAGCUUUCAAAAAACCGGAAGUUCUCUACUGAGGACAGUGAUGACCUUUGCCAGAUCUGCAAGAAAGGAGGAAAAGUCAUAUGCUGCCAUAGUUGCCCAAGGGUUUACCAUGCAGGGUGCCUUUCUCUACCAACUGUCCCUAAUGGUAGUUGGUACUGUAAUCAUUGCCAGACUAUGUUUGAUAAACAGAAAGAUGCGGAUAAUCAUGUCAAUGCUGUUGCAGCCGGAAGGGUUCCAGGAGUUGAUCCUAUGGAACAAAUAACCAAUCGAUGCAUCCGUAUCAUCACAACUUGCGAUGAAAAGUUUGGUGGAUGUUCACUGUGCAGUGGCCAUGAUUUCAAAGACGAGGGGUUUGGUCCUGGCACAGUUAUUUUAUGUGAUCAGUGUGAAAGGGAAUUUCAUGUCGGCUGUUUAAAGGAAAAAGGAAUCGUUGAUUUGAAGGAAGUUCCAAAAGACAAGUGGUUUUGUCAUCCAGCUUGUCUCAGGAAUUAUUCAGCUUUGCAGAAGUUGGUAGUUCAUGGACAACAAAAGCUUCCAGACUCCCUUCUGAAUAUUAUUAAGGAGAAACACAGUGAAAGAGGUCCAGCAAAUGGGGGUCUUGAUGUAAAAUGGAGGGUGCUUAGUGGGAAAACAUCCACUGGUGCUGAAAGUUUAGAGUUGCUUUCUAAGGCCCUUGCCAUCUUUCAUGAUCAAUUUGCUCCUAUUGUUGAUAAGGAAUCAGGCCUCGACUUCAUUAAGGAAAUGCUUUAUGGAGGUGCCAUAAAGACUCAAGAAUUUGGUGGGAUGCACUGUGCAAUAAUUACAGUCAAUGAAUCGGUCGUGUCAGCUGCUAUGUUUCGUAUCUAUGGGACAGAUGUGGCAGAGCUUCCUCUAGUUGCAACAAGUGCUGAUUGCCAAGGACAGGGUUACUUCCAAACCUUAUUCGCAUGUAUUGAGAGGUUUCUUGCAUUCCUAUAUGUGAAAGUUCUUCUGCUGCCUGCUGCUGAGGAGGCAGCAUCCAUAUGGACAAAAAAGUUUGGUUUUCAGAGUCUAAACCAGAGUGAGAUACAUGAGUAUAGGAAACGUUACCCAAUACUGAUUUUCGAUGGAACAUCAGUGCUGAAGAAGUCAGUCCCCAGGUGCAGAAUCGUUGGUUCACAGGAGGGGCUCCCAUGUUUCUUGAUGUACAGAAGAUACAGCUUAUCUAUACAGGCAUGGUAGGUCUUUUUUGGUAGAUAUGGAUAUGAGAGACAUUGGAUUCCAUAGAACAUUGGGGGAGUAAGUAGUUCAGAAGACGCUUGGAGUUUUGAUAGAUAGAACAUGGGAGGGAUGUCAGUUGGAAGAUAGAAAAUUGGGAGCAAGUUAUUUAAGACACUAGAAUGUUUUAAUGGGUUGCUAUUUUUGUAGCUUUU